AUGGAAGACGCCAAUUCAUCUUCCGACACAACCAUUUUAAUCACAACGCAACAUCACACCAAGCUCGACGAUUACUCUUCGAUAGAUCAGGAACAAUCAUCAUCUGUUCCUCAGCGUCCAAUUCCCAAAGAACUGAUGGAAGUGGAAGAAGUGGACAUGAAUGACGAAUUGAUGGACCCUUUUGAAUGGGCGACGCGAAAACUAAUCCCCAUUCCUAAACAAUACUAUUGGGAAGAUAGUGAUAAUUCGGAAGAAGCACCAGUGGAUCCCAAGGUGUUGCCUCUCAAGUUGAAGCUAUGGCAUCGAUCAGUUGCUGCUGGGGGAUCGGCACUUCGUAUGGUGGAUAAAAUGGGCAAACCAGUAGCAGGCUUUUUGGGGUUGUCUUCGUCUCGAUUUGAUUAUGUCACAUCGACCAUGAGUGAGCGCGACUGGGAAAGUUCCAGACAAAUCGUAUCUGAGCGGAGGAAACACCGACAAGAAGACCAAUUGGAGGAUGGUGAUGAAGACUAA